AUGGCUGAGUCUGCUGUUAAGGCCGUGGUCGGGAAUGUGAGCAAACUUGCGGUUUGGGAAACCUCACUUUUAUGUGGUGUCACAGGUGAAGUAGGAUUCUUGAAAGAUGAACUGAAGCGGUUAAAGUGCUACCUUAGAUCUGCUGAUGCUAAACGGAAAUCAGGAGACGAGUGUGUGGCUACCUGGCUCAGCCAGAUCAGGGACGUGACAUAUGAGUCCGAGAAUGUCAUUGAAGCUGCAGAUUACAUGGAGAAGAGAAACAGGCUGAAGAAUGGAUUCUUGGGUGCCAUUUCAAGGUAUGCUCGCUUGCCAAGUGACAUGGUUACCCUUCAUAAAGUUGGUGCUGAAAUUCAGCGUAUAAGAAGGAAGAUCAGUGAGAUAUUUGACAGUGCAAACCGUUUGAAUAUUGAUUUAGAUACUAGUGUUCUAGGUAAGUGUUGUGUCGAGGAUGAGUUUCCACGAGGCAAUGAUCUCAUGGAUCAAAACUUUGAGGAUGAUGUUGUCAUUGUUGGUUUUGAGGAUGAGUGCCAGGAAAUAACGGACAGGUUAGUCGACAAAGAGAACAAUACUCUUAGUGCUAUCUCCAUAGUUGCCAUGGGUGGGGCGGGAAAAACAUCACUCGUCAGAAAAAUCUACACUUCAUCAAGAGUAAAAGAACACUUCGACACAGUUGCUUGGGUGACUGUGUCUCAAAAGUUCAAGGCCGUUGAUUUACUCACAAGUAUUGUGGGACAAAUAAUGGGGGCCAGAGUUGGUUUUAAUAUCUGUGAGUGUGAGGUGGGAAAGGAGAUACAUAAUUUUCUGUUGCAAAAAAGAUUCUUAAUAGUUCUUGAUGAUGUUUGGGAAACAGAUACAUGGGAGCAAAUAAACAAAAUGGUUAAAGCAUUUCCAGAUGUAGCUAAUGGUAGUCGAGUGCUGUUAACCACACGAAAGCAAGAUGUUGCGAAUCAUGUGCAAAUGCCAACUCGUGUCCAUCAUUUGAAGAAGUUAGACGAAGAGAAAAGUUGGGAACUUUUUAGUAGCAAAGCUUUACCAUCAUACAGCAGGUGUGCUGUAUGUGAUGUGGAUGAGUUUGAAGAACUAGGAAAGAAGCUUGCAAAGAAAUGUAAUGGAUUACCGCUUGCACUUGCAGUUUUGGGGGGUUAUCUAUCAAAGAAUCUGAACAGAGAAACAUGGAUCAAUAUACUCUUGAGCUGGCCAUCAACCAAAGACGGACAGAUGAUGCGAGACAUACUAGCUCGCAGUUACAACGACCUACCAGAUCAUUAUUUAAGAUCAUGUUUCCUCUAUGUUGGUGCUUUCCCCGAGGAUUAUGAAAUAUCUGUGUCGGAUCUUAUUGAGUUAUGGAUAGCAGAAUGCUUCAUUCCACAUACACCAAAACAUACACUGGAAGAAAUAGCACGUAAGUAUGUAACUGAGUUAGCUCAAAGAAGCUUGGUCCAAGUAGUUAGUAGAAGCAGAGCACAUGGAUGGAUUGAAAGAAUAAGGAUCCAUGAUAUCUUGCGUGACUGGUGCAUAGAAGAAGCAAGAGAAGACGGCUUUCUUGAUAUGAUUGACAAAACUGCAUGCUGGGAUAGCGCAUCAUCAUUCGAAAGGACGCUAUCCUAUCGCGCUUCAUUCCAAAACUUCAGCGGUCAGAUUUUACAGGCAACAACUCCUAAUCUACGAACUCUGGUUGGCUUUGAACUUUCAUCAAUAUUCCUACCUAAGCUGAGAUUCCUGAGAGUUCUUCACAUUGAAAACUCAGACCUCGAGAAUUUCGCUCCAGCCAUUGGUGGGUGCAUUCAUCUAAGGUGCCUUAGGUUGAGAAGAUGUGGAAAUGUAACACUCCCUUCUUCAAUUGAAGAACUCCUUUACUUGCAGAUUAUAGACCUGAGGAAAACAAACUUGGACUCAACACUACCAAACUCUCUCUGGAAUAUUCCCACUCUAAGGCAUGUUUACCUGAGCAGUGCAUUUUCUUCACCAAGGAGUGUGGGACACAAAGAGCUCCAGACCUUAUGGUUGACUUGUGCGUCUGUUGGUACCAAAUAUCGCUAUCAUGACAUGGUGACGUUUUUGAGAAAAAUGAGACAACUGACAACCUUGUUCUUGGUAAUGAAGCCCAUGCAUGCUAAGAUAAUGAAUAUAUUUGCGUACAUGCCUCACCUGGUUGAUAUUCAUCUCGCCAGUUUUGGUGUGCUUGAUAAGCUUCCAGAGAGUAAUCACUUCCCGCAGAGCCUUCGGCAUCUCUAUCUAGAAGCUGAUGUCAUUGAACUAGACCCGAUGCCGAUCCUGGAGAAGCUUCCUUGUGUUGUGGUGUUGGAGUUGUCAGGGUAUAAAGGCCGAACCAUGUCAUUUUCUGCCCAAGGGUUUCCUCGUCUCCAAGAGUUAAAACUUGAUAAUUUCUCCGUCGAGCAGUGGAGGAUGGAGGUAGGAACAAUGCCAAAGCUCUCCCACCUGAAACUUUGGUUGUGCAAGGAGAUGUGGAAGUUACCCAACGGAUUGUUGCACCUUCCAUCCCUCAAGAAUUUGAAAUUAGUCAGUAAGUCCCCGAUUUCUGGAGAUGACAGCACACUGAAGGAGCUGGAGCGGAGAGGAUGCAAGGUGGAACUUUAA